CUGGGAACAAGCGGUGGACCUGACAUACUCCAUGCACCUAGGAGAGAAGCUCAGUCUCACAGAGCAGGAUGAGGCUGCUGUGCAGAAGUUUCGGUCCAUGCCCCCAGGCUGGAGCUACGAGCAUGACAUGGAGCUGGGGCGCUUCCUGCACGAUCAGAUAGAGAGGGAGCGACACAGCGCGGACUGCAGCAAGGAGCACAUCAGCAGCAUCGAGGUCUCCUCGCAGGCGGAGGACUGUGGCGUGGCCCAUCUGACCGACAACCGGGUGGACACCUUCUGGGAGAGCAGCGGGCUCCCGGGGCAGCACUGGGUGCGGCUCAACAUGAAGAAAGGCAUCAUUGUCAAGAAGCUGUGGCUGGUGCUGGCUGGGGAGGUCAACAACUACGUACCCAGGAGGGUGGCCGUGUACGGCGGGUCACUGAACAGGCUCCAGCACCUGAGAACUGUCCUUAUUAAUGAGAACAGCUACCAGAACAUCUGCAUCCUCCGUGACAUGAAGACCCACCUGCCAGUGCUGGAGAUCCGCAUCCUGGAGUGCCGGGAGCAAGGGUACAACGUCCGCCUGCAAGGGAUUAAGAUGAAGUCCGUCUGGGAGUGGGACCUGAUCCUCAACGCCGACAUGUUCCAGCCGGCUCAGCUGGUGCGCUACCCUCUCCUGGAAGGGGUGGAUGCUGACGUGCUGUACCGGCGGGCCGUGCUCAUUCAGAGGUUCAUCCACCUCCUGGACAGUGUUCUGCAUUACCUGAUCCCCCUCUCUGAGGACAGCAGCACCUGCAAGGCACUUAGGAGCAUGAAGCCGCUCCUGCUGCUGUCCAAGCACGGCGCAGCCCUCAUUGCCCACUACCUUCAGUCCUCGGAGAGCACCCCCCCUCGCACCCUACCAAAGCUCUACAUCAACCGGCACCUGGCCCGGGAGCACCGCGCCAACCCCGCGCUGGAUCCCAGCUGCAGGAACACCGUCUUCACCCAGCUGUAUGAAGGCCUCAGAUCUUCCAAGAACAACCAGCCCCUGGACUACAGGUGGCCCCAGAGCCACAGCCAGUGGUGGGAGUGUGAUUUUGUCACCGAGGGCAUCUUUGACAACGGCGGCGGUUUUCGGGACAGCCUGUCAGAUGUGUCGGAGGAGCUGUGUCCCAGCUCAGGCGAUGUCCCCGUGCCCCUGCCCUUCUUCGUGCGCACCUCCAACCAGGGUAACAGCAGCAGUGUCACCAGGGACAUGUAUGUCCCCAACCCCUCCUGCAAGGACUUCCCCAAGUACGAGUGGAUUGGGCAGCUGAUGGGAGCAGCCCUGAGGAGCAAGGAGUUUCUGAUGCUAGCUUUGCCGGCACUGGUCUGGAAGCAGCUGGCAGGGGAGGAGGUCAGCUGGAGCAAGGACUUCGCCACCGUGGACUCGGAGCUGGUGAAGCUGCUGGAGGUGCUGGAGGGGGUGGACAGGGAAGCCUUCGACUUCAUGUUCGGCAAAGAGCUGACCUACACAGUGGUGCAGAGCGACAAGCGCAUGGUGGAGCUGAUCCCUGGCGGUAGCAGCACCGUGGUGCGCUACGAGGACCGCAAGGAGUUCAUCCGCCUGGUGCAGAAGGCUCGACUGGAGGAGAGCAAGGAGCAGAUCGCAGCCAUGCGUGCCGGGCUGCUCUGCGUGGUGCCCCAGCCUGUGCUGGACCUGCUCCCCUGGCAGCAGCUGGAGAAGAAGGUCUGCGGGGACCCUGAGAUCACAGUGGCUGAGCUGCGGAAGUUUGUCACAUUUGAGGACUUUCCCUCUGGUGAUAUUCGUAUCCAGUACUUCUGGGAGGCACUCAACAACUUCACCAGCGAGGAUCUCAGCCGCUUCCUGAAGUUUGUCACCGGCCGGAGCCGCCUCCCGGUUCAGAUCACUGUCUACCCAUCAAGGGACAAUGCGGAUGUGUUGGACCAGAUGCCACAGGCCUCCACAUGCUCCUUCAUCUUCUACUUGCCCAUGUAUUCCUCGGCCAAGGCCUGCGAGGAGCUGCUGCGGUACGCCGUGUACAACUGCAUGUCCAUCGACACUGACAAGAACACCUGGGACAC